CGUGUUUCUCAGGCAAAACCGCAAAGUUCGCAUGCCAGUCAAGUCCACUCUAAGCGCGCGUCUCUAAGCCCACUGUGAAGCCUCAAUUAAGCCCCAAAUUUACUCACGCAAGUGUCAGACGGAUUUGUCAACUUUUUUCACGCUUAAAUUGUUGGUGUUUAUAGAUGAACUAUUGUGAUUAAGUGUAUACGAGUGUUAAUUGAGGAUUUCAUAAAAUAAAUUCAGGAACAUGGAACUUCAAACUUCACCAAUACAUCAUACACUCCAAAAGAUGCUAGAAGUGAACUAAAUAAGAUAAUUUGUUCGUAAUCGAACAUCCCUGAAAACUCUAGCGCUAACAUCAGCAAUUUGCAUCAAGUGACAUUGCAUAUUGUAUUAAACAUGAUUCUGUUAUGAGAAUCGUCCCUCAAGUGAUGAAAAAGUGAUGAAAGCCGGGACAAAACCAGUGACGAAAAAGGCGCCAAAACUUGCCGCCAAAAAUGGCAGCAACCAAAAUAUCAACAACAUCAACAACAACAACAACGUUAAUAACAGCAAUGGAAACGGGAAUUACUUGAGCAGUGGGAGUAGCUCGGAUUCGAGGAGAGGGAUCAGCCCCAGCCCCCCUUCCGUACCCAGGUCCAGGGGCAGUGAUGACUCCUUCCCAGAAAACUCGAAUGGAUCGGUGUAUACAGAUUCAAUAGUACCAGAGGAUAACAUCAAUGUAACAGUAAGGGUGCGUCCUCUCAAUCCGAAAGAAAUGGGACGGAACGAUCCAAACGUGGUCCAAUUCCCUGGAAAUGGACAAAUUUUGCUUGAAGGUCUGAACUCAGUGCCCGGUUGUACGGGCAACACCAAACUGUUUUCGUUCAAUGUGGUGUUCGAGCCCGGGGCCACACAGGAGGACAUCUUCCAGUUCUCGGGCAUCAAGCGACUCAUCGAGAUGGCAGUGGCGGGGUUCAGCACCACCUGCUUCUGUUAUGGUCAAACAGGCAGUGGCAAAACGCACACACUGACGGGACCACCUGGAUUAUUUGAUCGGAAUCCAGAUCCUUAUUCAGAGAACCAUGGACUGGUGUUCAGGUCAUUCAUGCAUCUAUUUAGACAACUUCAAGAAAGACCUGAAACACAUUUUGUGCUCAAGGCAUCCUUCCUAGAAAUCUACAAUGAAAAGGUUAUAGAUCUAUUAAAUCCUGGCUCAGCACGGAAGCCUCUUGCAGUUAGAUGGUCGAAAAAGACAAGAGGAUUCUUUGUGGAGAAUCUGUUCACAGUGGAUUGCGAGGAACUGGACGAUUUGCUAGCAGUUCUUGAAGAAGGAAUGAGAAACAGAUCAGUGGGAAGUCACAGCAUGAACGAACAUUCUAGUAGAAGUCAUACGAUACUAACAGUCAAUAUAGUAUCUGAAACACAGAUGGAGAACGGUGUGUUUAUUUCAAAACAGGGUAAAAUAAAUUUUGUAGAUUUAGCCGGCAGUGAAAUGACAAAGAAGACGCAUAGUGAAGGCAAAACGUUAGAGGAAGCUAACAAUAUCAAUAAGAGUCUAAUGGUGCUAGGAUAUUGCAUUGCAUCACUCAGUGAUAGUAAAAAGAAAGGUGGCCACAUACCCUACAGAGACAGCAAACUGACAAAGCUACUGGCUGAUAGCUUAGCAGGCAGUGGUGUCACAUUGAUGAUUGCAUGCAUAUCACCAGCAAAAUCCAAUCUUACAGAGACUCUAAACACAUUACGAUAUGCAGCAAGGGCGAAGAAAAUACGAACGAAACCGAUUAUAGUGAUGGACCCUCGGGAAGCGCUCAUCCUGAGUUUAAAGCGAGAAGUGUCGGCGCUUCAAAACGAGAACGAGCACUUAAGACACGCACUGCACUUGGCUGCCGAUCCCAACAGGUUGCUAGGAAGCAAAGUGGAGCUGCGCACUCCGCCUAACAUCGACCUGGAGCGAGUGGCGGAGAUGGACGGAGCCGAGUUGGCCGAGUUGGUUCGCCACUACGCCACCGAGAACGAGGCGCUCCGCCACGAAAACGCCGAACUGUUCUCCACGCGCGAACUGCUCUUCCGCGAUCAGGAGCUCGUCUGUCGCGAGAACGAGCGCCUGCUCAAGAAGCUCGAGGAUGUCAACUCGGUCUGUUGCCGGUCUCCGAUCAUCCCCUCGCGCCCUAACUACUCGUCUGAUGACGUCACACUCACCAGCUCCUCCUCCGAGGUGUGGACCAACCCCAUCAACGGAAGCAGCAGCGGGUCACUCAACAAUAUCAACGGACAUGUCAACGGGAUGCACAAAACUAAGGAUAAGGUGGACGGAAGGAUGUCUCCUAAACCUCCUCACAGGCUUCCCGACUCAAUACAAAAAGAGCUGGACAAAUUGCAGAUAGGCAAAACUUUGGAUGGAAUCAAUGAAUCGAUAAAGAAAAGAGCGAGUAGGAAAAGCACUUGGGAAAAUGGAAAAGCUGUGAAAGCUACUGGAGUGAAUGGAGUAAAUGGGAAGGACGGCGUUCACCACGACCAAGACCACAGACACACACGACUUCCCUACCUGCCGGGUUUCAACGCAGGCACCAAGAACGGCAUACGUAGGAUACCUUCCGUCGACAAUAUUUACGUUCUGGACAAGAACAACUCGAGCCAUAACCGCAUUUUCACCAGCAACCAUUAUCCGAAAACUGACAGGAGUCUGCUCAGUAAUAGUGUUGAUAGACUGGAGGGGAGUGGCGGUGGGUUUGCUAUCGGGUCUGCGCCUUUGAGGCAUCGCUCUUACAAUAGUUUGAACAAUAUCGAGUACAACUACGACGCCCCUAAAAAACUUUCGAGGGAUCCUUUCGGUAGUUUGAUUUCGCUCAGUGAAGAGGAUGAUAGAUAGCGAUAACAAAGACUGAUUUGUUUGGAAGUUUGAUAGUUUGUUGUUAAGAUCUUUCUGUUAUCAGUUCUGAGCCACCGUAUCUACCUAAAUUUGUAUAUACUUUUCAAAACAUUUUAAUUUGUGACAGUUCACCUAUUCAAUGAAUUAGACGACCAAAUUGUAAAAAAGACUGAUUUGUUUAGCAAUCAGUUAAUCAAUCACCUAUCUUGUUUUACUUCUAUGUAAAAUAUUAUUUAUUUAUUUAUAGAAUUGUGGAAAAGUGAAAAAAUAAAUUAUGUUUAAUAAUUAUUGUAAGUGCAUGGGUGUUGAUAUUUUUGAAAAGGUUAGCUAUUGAGAGAGGUUGAAUAAAAUUAUUGAAGACUGAUUUGUUUAGCAGAAUUUUAUUGGUUGAAAUCUGUCUCAGUUCUUUGGUGUCAAAUAAUUUAAAACCUUUUGUUGAACGGUUUGAUUUGUUCAAUUUUCUUUAAAUGAAUGUUAAUACUUUUGAGCUAUGAUAUCUAUAAUUAAGGUUUACAGUUGAAGAAAACAGAAAAAGUUUAACCAAGCAUCUCAGGUCGGUACCUAUAAUAGAUCAAUUUCAAAUAAUUGCACAAUUUAUCACAAAUACCAAUCAUGAUUUCAGGGCUCAGUUUUUGAAGUCAUGUCUAAUAAUGUCUUAUUUAACUGUUUUUGUUAAGCCUAUGAGUAUAUUAGUUGAAUUGAUACACUGUAAUUUUAGGUAUAGUUUGAAGCUGUGAUAAGGAAGUUGAAUCACAUUGAGAAGUAGGCUACAGUCUGAAUAAACAUUACAUUGAUUAUGAAAAAUUAAAUGCUUUUGAAACUAGAACUACAUUAAACAACUAAAUCGUUUUGAGUGCACUGUAGGAGUAGAGGUGAACCUACUUAAGCCAGCAAUCUUUAAUAGCCCUUUAAUUUGAAUUGUUAGCUAGUAACAUAAGCUUAAAGCUAUAAGCUUAGUUGAUUUGUAUGGAUACUGAUUUUGGUAUUUAAAAUUAAUAUUUAAACAGAAUUAUAUGCUCAAAUUGAAUUUGCUCAAUAAAAAGCAUAUUAUCAGUAUAACAAAUCACAGCCUAUUACAAGAGAUCAAUUAUUAUUGUAUGAUGAUCAAUGAUUUAUUGAUAACUCAUAAAGGUAUUAUUGAAUUAUUGAUCUAAAACUUUUGUUAAAUUUAUGUCGAUUGGAAGUUAGAUAAUAGCAGAUUUUCUUACAAGAAUGUUUUUCAAAUAAGUAUAAUUUCAAUAUAGCAUAUUUCUUUUGUAACUUAGAACUAUAUAAUAUGGAGAUUGGAAAUAGCGACUCUAUCACAAUAUCAGAAAGAAUUUGAUGUGUCAUUUACUUUUUGUGUAGUUGAGAAGUUGAUAUCGUGGUAAUUAUUCAUAUUGAAUGAAAAAGACUGAG